AUGAGGAAACUUUCCAAUAUGUUGUUGCCUCCGAAGGCCGUCAAGGAAGUAAUGGAUGACGAGAACGAAAUCAAGACGUUCGAAGCGUUCAAGACAACAACCGGUGGUGCUUUGCGUUCUGCACUUUCUGUGCCCACCCAAUACAACCGUCAACGUGGAGAGUGGAGGACUCUACCGAGCAAGGAGCUUGAAGCUGUUCUCAAGAAGGCCAGUGCAGUGUUCCCUGGAUGCCAAACCGAGAGUUGUACAUGGAAUGAUGUGUUCGAGCGGAUCGACGCGGUGAAAGAGGCGUACGACGCCAAAGCUCCAAAAGGGUCCCUCCGAAGUUUCAUUCGGAACGGCAAAGCAGAUGCGACCACACUCAACUCUCUUUCCUUCAUAAUCCCAGAAGAACAUGGCCUUGGUAUCUUACGUGGAGGACUAUCGUUCAUUUUCCAGGCCUGGGAACAAUGCAUCGAGAACCGAGAGAAGAUACUAGAGCUACUCGCAGACGUUAUUGAAACUCUCAAGACGACAGCCGAGAUGUAUAAGGUAUUUCGAGAUGGUGAGCUGAAGGCGAAGACGUACGAUCUUUACGGUAUCAUCGUUGAUUCCCUGAAAUUGCUUAUCGAGAUGCUGCUUCGAUGUAGCAAAGAAGAGUCGCUCUGGCGCCGUAUGAGGACACGACUGCCGGAUCACGAAGCAGUCGUGUUGGAGGGCCUCGAUCAUGAGAUACAAAACGCCAAGGCCAGGGUGACAAAUCGAGUUGACAUUCUCAACGCACAAACCAUGCAGGAUGUCCGCAAGACGGCUUCGGCUAACAGUACCGAGUUGCACGCAACGCGUUCUCGAGUUCAGGAGGUAUCGCAUGGUGUUAGGCGUCUUGAUGGGGAAAUGAAAACCCUUAACCGAAGCAUCAAAGAGAUGAAAGAAGACAUUAAGCAAGACUUUCAAAGGCUGUUCGAGGGUAACAUGCCACAGAAGGUCUCUAAUAACGAGCUUGCUGCUACCGUGCAGACUCUUGUGUAUGAGAUCGUCGCGGAAAUGGUGUGCCAAGCAAAGCAGCCUCUCCAGCAAAAAGUUGGAACCGAGGUCAUCGCGGAGGAGCGACGUCUUACCCAGCAGACAAUCUUGAUGACGACGGAAGAGCUUCUGUGGAUGCUCGGCGUGGAUCUCGCAUACUUGAUCCGCGAGACGGAGCAUAUCUUGAGACAGAGCAACUCUUUACGACCCAAGGGUCUCGGCAAGGCGCGGUGGCUGCUCACGACCGCGCAAUUCAAGAAUUGGCUAAGUCAGCCGUUGUCCGGAAUCCUCCUGGUUGAUGGGCAUUGCAAAGAUGAUGGUAUCGGAAAGAUAUCUCCGUUGUCCGUCCUGUGUGCUUCCUUGGCAACCACGCUCGCCCAGACAGGCUCCAGUAUGAUCCUGCACUUCUUUUGCAGCAGUCAUACCAGGGUCGAACAGGAUCUGAUCGGCGGACCAUCUGGGCUCGUACGCAGCCUGAUUACUCAGCUACUCCUUUAUCCUGACUCACCGGACGUCGAGCUGGAUCCAUUAGAGCAAAGUCUCUACGACGCAGUGUCGCAAUAUAACGUGCGAGCUUUGGUAUCUCUGUUCGGGUCGAUCGUGGGGAACAUGGACAAGUCAAAGACGAUCAUUUGCAUCAUAGACGGCAUAUCCGAUUUCGAAAACCCGCUUCGCGGUUGGGAUCGAGAAAUCCUAGAUGUCGUUGAUCAGCUUCGAAACCUGGUGCACUGUCAGCGAUCUGGUCCAGCGCUGAAGUUGCUCAUGACUAGUGCAAACAAAACGCUGCACAUUGGCGCCCCCUUCUACUUCCACGGCGAAGAGCACAAUGCGCGAUGCCUAUCGAACACCCGCACCGAGCCGCUAGACGAGACAACAACAUGGACGAACAGCAAGGACGGCAAGGCUAUACUCCGGCUGAGCGGCAUGGUGGGCACGGAAAGUCUACGAUAG